CAGACUCAUUUCCUGAAGCCUUUCAGACCUAAUCAGCUCACCAUCACAGCGAGAUCCUUCUCUGGAAACAGUACGAAGACAGCCAAAGGAGAGACAAGACGAGUGAAUUCCACCAGCUCUUGGAUGACCCAUCUUCACAAUGGAAAUGACAACUACUGAAGACUAUGGAUUCUCUGCAGACUAUCCAUUUUUCACAGAAGACAAUGAAUUUGCUGCCCCCUGCAGCCUAAAUAAGGUAUGGCACUUUACCCAAAUCUACGCUCCAGUGGUCUACGUCCUGGUCUUCAUAUUGGCCUUGGUGGGGAAUACGCUAGUACUGUGCGUGGUCCGCCGCUACCGACGAUCCCGCCACUCCCCCUGUUCCUUUUCCCUCACCGACACUUUCCUGCUGCACCUGGCCGUCUCCGACCUCCUCCUGGCCAUGAUCCUGCCAUUCUUUGCUGUCCAGUGGACCCAUGAGUGGGUGUUUGGGGUUGGAGUCUGCAAGGUGGCAGGGGCCCUAUUUUCCCUGAACAUUUACUGCGGCGUGCUCUUCUUAGCCUGCAUCAGCUUCGACCGCUACCUAGCCAUCGUCCAUGCUGUCCAAACUGGCUGGAGGCGCAACACCUGCCUGGCCCAGAUGGCCUGCGCAGUAAUCUGGGUCUGCUGCUUGGGCUUAUCCGCGGUGGACAUCCAGUUCCGGACUGUGGUGCGUCUUCCAGGGAACGAUCGAUCGGUGUGCCUCAUAGACUAUUCAACAGGAAAUUCAGAGAAGUGGCAGCUUGCUAUGCAACUGCUAAACCUUAUCUUGGGCUUUGGGCUCCCCCUGUUGGUCAUGCUGUACUGCUACAUCCGCAUCUUCCGGUCGCUUUGCAGCACCAGCUCUCGGCGGCAGAAGAGACGCUCCCUCAGACUCAUCAUCACUCUGGUGACGGUCUUCCUGGUCUGCUGGGCGCCCUACAAUGCUCUGAAGAUGACAGACAGUCUGCUAAGGCUGGGGUUGAUUACUCAAAGCUGUAGCUUGAACCAUGUGUUGGACAUUGGCAUCGUGGUGACGGAGAGUUUGGGACUGUCCCACUGCGCCUUCAACCCUCUGCUCUACGGCUUUGUGGGCGUCAAGUUCCGCCGCGAGCUCGCUCAGAUGUGCAAGGCGCUGCUGGGGUGCGUCGGCCUGCCCAAGUGGACUCAGAGUCAAGGGCCAAGCCGCAGGACAACAGGCUCCUUCAGCUCCGUGGACAGCGAGAACACCUCCUACUUCUCUGUGAUGGCCUAAGAUCAAGGAGUGUUGAGCAAAUAGAGAGUAUUACACAAGUGGUCAUCUAUGGAGGUAGAGGGCAAAAAUAGGGACACAGAAAAGGGCAAUGAUGGACACUUGUGGUGCCUAGGAGGCACUGCAGCUAUCCCUAAAAUAUGCUUAGCAAUUUCCAGGAAUUCAGGUAAAAUUAGCAUACUGUUCUCAAUCACAGCACUGUUUAAAAAAUCUUUUUUUGUUUGCUUUUUUUACAGUGGCAGCUGCCUUUUACAUUGUACAAAUAUUUCAUGAAGUAAUGGUGCAAAAUUACAUAAAUUACCAGUAUUAUUUAAGUAGCUUGCUUUGCUUGUAUAGUUGCUUGCAAGGGUAUAAAGGGUAUAAAGACCCCCCAGCAAAGGGCUGUGGCGCAGUGGAACUGUGUUGUCAGGAGUCAUGGAGCUCCAUCCGAUACCUUUGGGAUGAGUUGGAGUUCCAGAACUGACCAUCCGACAUCAUUACCUGAUCUCACGAAUGCUCUUGUGGCUGAAUGCAAUCAAAUCCUCACAGCAAUGUUCCAACAGCUAGUGUAAAGCCGUCCCAGAAGAGUAGAGGCUGUUACUGCAGCAAAGGUGGAAAGAUUCCUUAUGAAUAUAUUGAAUAUCCUUGCCUAAAGCCUAAAGCAUCUAAUUUGGCUAACUAGCUUCCUUGUUUGUUAGCUUAACUUACUGGCUAACAAUAAAUGAUAUACUGCACUGUUCUGUGUGCAGACUUUCACAGAAAUGUGAACACUUACACAGAAUCAUGUACAGAGUCAUUAAAAGGUUCAGUUUUUUGUCUUAAGAGUGAAGAUAUCAACAUAAACAAUCGUGGAAGGUAGCAUAAAUACUGGUACCAUUAGUGUCAGCUUCCUGACUAGCUAUAUCAGCUUUGUGACUGCUUUAUGAAGUAAUUAUUCCAGAAAAACAUACAAAUUGAGACAUCAACAUGUUCUAGUUUACAUUUUGGUCCAUUUGGUGAUGAAAUAGUGACUUUGUCACCAGAAAGAGUGAAGAAUAUGCUAACGUUUUGUUGCCUUCAGCUGCAAGUGUUACACAGGAGCACAAUCUUGAGUACUUUUAGGUCCUGUUGGUACUAAUCAUGAGCAGGUACCAAAAACCAUACAACUGGAACCUUCAGUACUGGGCCAAUGGGCAAUGGAAAACAUGGAGAACAGUUUUUUGGUGCUAAACGCUUCACUACUGUGUACAGUGGAAAAGGAGUUCUCUAUGUAUGGAAUGUAUAGAUUUUUUUAAUGGUUCUAUAUACCAGCCAUUGUUACAGUAGUGUUUGUUGGUACUAUGUAGAGCCCUUCCUGCCAGUCGUGUAGCUGAUGUGUUUUGAAUGUUUGGCCUGUACAUCGAUUAACUGAACUGCUAAUUCAUAGGCGGUAUUACAAACUCCUGCAUGUUUUUCUUUGCCUGGUUGUGUAAUGUCGUUAUAUGGCUGUGGGCUUUCUUUGCCUGGUAGUGAACUACAUACAAUCAAAGAAGUGGUUUCUUUGGCUGUGGCACGGUGUUGAUGACAGUCAUUUGGCCUGUGGGAGAGGAUUUUGUCAGAGAUGGUUGGUAUGAAGCUUGGAAGUAAUGACUUAGUCUGUUAUGAAAAGACUAGUAUGUCUAUUAUGAGUCAUUGUUUUUCAGUGCAACCAAAAGCUACAGUUAAAGCUAGUUUAUCAUUUUUAUAUAUCCAAGACUGCGUUUUAUUAUUUGAAAAACAUAAAUGAUAUGGCCAAAAGUAUGUGGACACCCAACCAUUAUACCUAUAUAAGCUUUUUUUUGGAUAUCUCAUUGGGCAUUAAUAUGGAGUUGGCCCCCCUUUGCAGCUAUAACAGUCUCCACUCUUCUGGUUAGGCUUUCAAAGAUUUUGGAGAGUGUCUGUGGGAAUUUGUGCCCAUUCGGUCAAAAGAGCAUUUGUGAGGUCAGGCACUGAUGUUGGAUGAGAGGGUCUGGCUCACGAUUGACUUUCCAGUUCAUUCCAAAGGUGUUCAGUGGGGUUGAGGUCAGGGCUCUGGAGCUCAGGGUCACAUUCAUGUUCUAACAUGACUUCCCCAAACUGCUGCCCGAAGUUGGAAGCAUAUAAAAAUCUAUAAUGUGUUUAUAGGCUAUAGCAUUAACGUAAUCCUUCAUUGGAACUAUAAAGCCUGAAAAACAGCUCAUUAUCCCUCCUCCACCAAACUUUACUGUUGGCACUAUACAUUCUGGUAGGUAGCGUUCCCCUGGCAUCCGCUAAUCCCAGAUUCAUCUAUCAGACUGACAGGUAGUGAAGUGUGAUUCAUCACUCCAGAGAACGUGUUUGCACUGCUCCAGAGUCCAGUGACAGUGACUUUACGCUGCUCCAGCC